AUGAGCAAAAAGGAGAACAAUAUCCAAACCCUAGAGAUUCAUCUUCAAAAUAAGUCCCAAAAACCAUCAGUCCAGAGGAAUCUCCACGUCUCCAUCAGCAAUCUCCUGCUGCAAAUCCUUCGGAUCCUUCCCGUCCACGGUGCAGCCAACGGAAACACACGUUCCCAGGAUCUCCUUCACAGUGCCGCUCAAGUCCUUCGCCAUGGAGCGCGGGCGCAUGACCUUCGCGAUCUCGAUGACGUCGUCGAGCGAGAUGUUGCCGUUGUGCUUGAUGUUCUUCGUCUUCUUCCGGUCACGCUCCGGCUCCUUCAGCGCCUUGAUGACCAGCGCCGCGGCCGACGGCACCACGGUGACCUUCGCCUGGCGGUUCUGGACCGUGAGCUUGACGGUCACGCGGAGGCCCUUCCAGUCCUUGGCCGUCUCCUUGGCGAUGCCGAGCGGGCCGAUUUUGGGGGCGAGGGAGGACGCCGCCCCGACUUCGCCGCCGGUGACGCGGACGAAGACGUCGACCACCUGAGAGGGAUCGAACUUCGGCGGCAUUUUUGGACGGGGAUGAUUGGGGUUCGGGCUGCGAGCUCCGGUGGUAGGGGCGGCGAGUAUUGGGAUUUUGGGGUGCUGUUAAGUUUCAUCUUCUUGCGGCGGUUGCACGGCGGCGGGUCGAACUCCAGACUCUUGUUGAUCCCCCGACCGUCGAACUUAACCAAUGUCGAGAUUUUUUCGUUGCACUCAUCAAGGAAACCUUCUCCGAGGGGGCCCCUGUUUAACGAGGCGGUGAUUAUGGUCACGAGGUCCACUGAAAAUGCGAGUGGUUGCGUCCCUGGGCUUGGGCUAAUGGAGGCUGGCGGAGGCCGGUGGUCGCACGACUUGGACCGAUGGACGUUCGGCUAUUCUGUUUAUCGUGAUGCCCAAAUUUACCGUCUCAGAUUCAUGGCUGAUUACGGCGACACGACUGAAGAAACUCGUUGCAUCCCUGGGCUUGGGCUAAUGGAGGCUGGCGGAGGCCGGUGGUCGCGCGACCUGGACCGUUAUAUAAUCUUUCCUUAA